AUGAAUUCAAACGUAUGGACAGCAGCGAGUGACGGUGACUUGACAAGUGUCAAAGCUUUUUUGACUAGUGGUGGAGACGUGAAUGCCAAGGAUGAGAAUGGAUACACACCUUUGCAAGCAGCAGUGAGCUAUAACCACAUGGAGCUGGUAGUGUUCUUGCUCGCUAGUGGAGCACAAGUUCAGUUGGGAGACAAUGACAUGGACACACCGCUACAUCGGUGUGAAACGGUGGAAUGUGCUCAAUUGUUGCUUGACCAUGGCGCGGAUAUGCAUGCGCACAAUUCUGAAGGACAGACGCCGUAUGACGUUGCGAUUGAGGACGAGAACGAAGAGCUCAAGAAGUUCUACGAAAGCAUCGGUGCCGGGAAGUCGAAUACGAUCUUGGAAGAGGAAGAGAGCUUGCCCAAUGAUGUGCAUGCCGAUGAAUAG